AUGGCAGAAUUGAAUAUGCUCACUGCUGAGUAUUAUGGGCUUCCACUCAUACCACCAUAUAUUAGGGGCGUGAACCAAAGUAGCUCAAACUUUGGUGCCGGCAUCAAUUUUGCAGUUGUGGGAGCUCCAGCACUUGAUGUUGGUUUUUAUGAAGAAAGAGGAAUCCAUUUUACUACGUCUAAUAUCUCCAUGAGAACUCAACUGAGCUGGUUCAAAGGAGUACUGCCCUCUCUUUGUAGAUCAUCAAGCUGUAGGGAACUUUUUAAUAGCUCACUGAUUGUUAUGGGACCUUUCGGUGGCAACGACUAUGGCCAUUCCUUCCUUCAAGGAAGAAGUUUGGAGGAGACAAAAACUUUGGUUCCUCUGGUUAUUAAUGCCAUUAGCAUUUCUAUUCAAGAAUUGAUCAAUCUUGGAGUGAAGAACAUCAUGGUUCCAGGAUUGGUGCCAGAUGGAUGUAUGCCAAUUUCGUUAACAAUGUUCAAGGGCUAUAAGAAAGAAGAUUAUGAUCCAAUAACAGGUUGUCUCAUUUGGUUAAACGAUUUCUCCAAGUAUCACAAUGAACUACUUCAAGCAGAGUUAACUCGAAUUCGGCAAAGGCAUCGUAAUGCAGUAGUAAUGUAUGCCAAUUAUUACGAUGCUCUCAUCCAGCUUUAUCUCUCUCCAGAGCAACAUGGGUUUGGGGGAGAACCUCUAAUGGCCUGCUGUGGUGCGGGAGGCAUCCCCUACAAUUAUGACUCCGAUGCUGUGUGUGGCGACCCGCCCUCGACAGCUUGUGCUCAGCCAUCUUUAUCUAUCAGCUGGGAUGGGGCUCACUGUACUGAAGCUGCAAACAAAUUUAUCACCAAAAGUUUAGUAGAAGGGCCGUACACCGCUCCUCACAUCAACUCUUCUUGCAGUUUAAUUACCGAGGAAUCCGGACAUUCUUCAGCAGCCACUGCUACCACGAGAUAA